UAAAUAGCCACAUAAGAAAAUCAUUUUUGGUUAAAGGGAUAAAACAUCUUGGUACCACACUGAUAUAUUAAAUUAAUUGUCAUUAAAAAUUGAUUAAAAACACAUCUUGUCAAACAUAAAAAUUUUCCUUUGGUAAUUAUUGGGGGGCUGUAAGUUAAAAUUAAAGUGCUCGUUUAAAAAAUGGAGCUAGUCUCCACUCCAAAUCCUCAUUUUAUACCUGGAUAUACAGGAUUUUGCCCACAAUACAAAUACCGUAUAGGUGAUACUUUUGGUACGACCACUCAUAAAGUCCUUUUGGAUCCUACAGUGCACCAUGCAGAAAAACUGGUACUUUCUGAUAGAACCAGAGACGAUUUUCAAGUCUACAGACCUCCAACCAAAGAUAUUGAAAUUGUAAACGACAGACUUGGUGAUACAGUGUACAAACAUCCUAUGAUACCAGGCUACGAAGGUUUUGUGCCAAGAGAACACAGCGCAUUUGGACAAAGAUACACAGUACAAGCAACAGAGGCUCUUUCGGAAUUCGAAAAACUACAAAACGCCGACCAGGCAGCUUUAAAUCAACUGGCCACAAUUGGUGCAAUUCAAAGUGGAAAGUGGGAUCCGAAAACGUUGGAAGAUAAAGCGUUGGUCAAAAGUCAGUUCAAACUGCCCUUAAUAGAAGUAAGACCGGAAUGUGCGGCAGUGAUAAGAAACCUGCCAGUGGAUGAACCUCCUUUGGCCCCACCCAGACAUUCAAGUGAUAGCCCCUAUUUUAUGGACAAUGCUUCGCCCGAUAAAUACUUAAAAUCAGGUUUUACUGGACACGUUCCUUUUGGAUAUGCGUCCUUUGGUAAAAGCAAUGAAGCGAUGACAAAUAGCGCGCUGUGCGAUUUCACAGCGAAUUACAGAAAGAGAUUAAGCACGGAAUGGUCGCCCGUUACAACGUCCAGGCCAGAUCCGCCCCUGUUAAUUUCGCCUACGGAGAUUUAUCAUAGGCAACUAGGACAACUUCCUAAUUAUGGCGGACACAUUCCAGGCGCAAUAUUCAGAUUUGGUAAAACAUAUGGCAACGAUUCCAGAGAUGCAAAACGUUGGUUACGAGGAGAUUUCAGCACAUAAAUUCAUGUUU